AUGCGCACUGUCUUGGCUCGGGAGAUGGGUUGCUGCAGUAUUUUGGGCCGCGUCUUGGGUAGAUUGGGGCGAAGGCCAGAGAUCCGCGCAGCUUCCAAGGACGCAGGCUUUGGCACCGAGGCCCGGCGUCAGCUGCAACCUCGAGGCUUCAGCAAACGGUCGACGCCGUUGGAGAACCAGCCCUUCCCAGGGCUGUUGCAGCCAGAGAACCUCAGUCGGGAACAGUUGGUUGAUGUACUGAGGGCAUCUGUGGUGGACCAGAAAGGACCACUAGUGACACUGAACAAGCCACAGGGUCUGCCAGUGACAGGAAAACCAGGAGAGCUGACAUUGCUCUCAGUGCUGCCAGAGCUGAGCCAGUCCCUGGGGCUUGGGGAGAGGGAGCUCCAGGUUGUCCGAGCAUCUGGGAAGGAGACCUCUGGGCUUGUACUCCUCUCCAGUUGUCCCCAAACAGCAAGCCGCCUCCAGAAGUUUUUCACCUACUCACAGAGAACCCAGAGACCCAUAGCCACCUACUGGGCUGUCACUGAUGGGAUCCCAGCUCCUUCGGAGGGGAAGAUCCAAGCAGCUCUGAAACUGGAACACAUGGACGGCGUCGAUCUCGUAGUUCCAGUGAAGCCCCCAUCCCGAAAGGACAUCCUGGAAGGUGUCAAGAGGACCCUCAGCCACUACCGAGUGGUGGCCACCGGCUCUGGCUGUGCCCUGGUCCAGCUGCAGCCAUUGACAGUGUUCCCCAGUCAGCUGCAGGUACACAUGGUACUACAGCUCUGCCCUGUGCUCGGGGACCACAAGUACUCCGCCCGCGUGAGCAUCGUCCUGGGCCAGCGCUUUCUACUGCCAGCUGAGAGCACCAAGCCCCAAAGACAGGUGCUGGAUGAAGCCCUAAUCAGACGCCUCCACCUGACACCUUCAGAGGCCGCCCAGCUGCCCUUGCACCUCCACCUGCACUGUCUCCGCCUCCCAGGCGCUAGGCCCAGGGACACCCCCGUCGAGCUUUUGGCACCCUUGCCCCCUUAUUUCUCUAGGACCCUGCACUGCCUGGGGCUCCACCAACAAUAGUCUUCCUUCUAUUCCAUUUCCACUGGAAAACAGUGGGUAUCGGGGGACUAUAGGCUGAGGAGAUUAACCUAAGAUCAAAUCCUGGUUGGGCCACUUGCUGUGUGGUGCCAGACAAGUAACUUCACCUCUCUGGACUUGAGACAAUAAAAGUACCUAACUCAUAGUAUGGGUUUGAGGAUAUGCUAGCAAGUAAAUGUUUUAUCAUACACCAUGCUUUGUGCUGA